CGGCAGGCAAAAGAUUAUCCCGGAACUGGAAGUAAAGAGACCUCCAUUACUUUGCGCUUCCCGGACCCAAUUAGAUGUUGGACCCGCCCUGGUUACCGUGGUAACGGGAGUCGCGGUCUCGCGCAGAAUUCUGAGAGGCCUUAUUUCCUGUCUCAUCAUCGAUCAUGAAGGCAUCCUCAAAGGGUCUUCUCACGAAGAUUUCUCAGUUCUGGAACCUCCUAGAUGAUUUGGCUGAAAGCGAUCCUGAGCGCUACAAGAACUUCAUUCAGCAGGAACUGAAAGAUGGAAAACAGCUCUGUGUUAAGCCAAAACCAUAUCUCUGUGUAGAGACAAAGAUCCUGAAACCAAAAGAAAAAACAAUUUUUAUCAACUUAUGUCAGUGGGAAAGGAUCCCUGCCCCCCAGUCAACUACUCAUCCUGUACCUAUAAGUGUUGGCAGACCACAGGAUUUCUCUCAAGCAUCAGAUGCUUAUACAGUCAUUGAUGUUGCCUACAAUCCUGGUAUUCUACAAGCAGCAGAAAAAGAUCAAAAGAUCAAAGAUCAAUUAAUAAAGAUGGCCAUGCAAUGCAUUGAGGAGCGACUUGGGGUCACUCUUUCACAUUCUUACCAUGUUACCAAAUUUAGAAUAAAAGGAAGCCUUCAAAGAAUGAAAGAUAAUCUGAUGGGCAUCCACAAUAACGUCACAGACUUAAACGAGAAAAUGAAAACAGAACAUGCUCUUGAAAAGACAAGGUGCAGUACUGUGAGCCAACCAAGUCACAUUCCUCAACUGCUGUUGCCAAAAAAAAACGUUUCAGGCAAAGCACAAUGUCUUAUAGAAGAGAUUUCUAGUACGGAAAUCCACGUGGAAGUGAAGAAACCAGCCUACCAAUUAAAAGUUGUAAAGGAUCAGCAUGAGAAACCUCUGAAAAUUGAAUUGAAAGUUGAAUUACCUGGAAUUAACUCAGUCUCCCUCUGUGAUCUUAGUGUUUCUGAGGUUGAUUUACUGAUUGAAGUCUCUGAGAAGUACCGGUUAUACCUGAAUCUUCCAGAAUCUGUUGACACAGAAAUGACUACAGCAAAAUUUGUCAAAGAUAAAUCUGUAUUAAUCAUUACAAUGCCACUGGUAUAAAACA